AUGGCGCUCCUGCAACAUAAGGCACUCGCCGACUACGAGAAGCAAUCAGACGCCUUCCAAGCCUUCCUCGAAAAGUUCGAAACCUCGAAGACAUCCUCUGAUUCAGCUGCCGAAGCUAUCAGCGACCUGCACAUCGAUGGCGAUCACACCAGCGACGAGUAUGACUUCAUGGAUGAUCUUGCGGACGAAGAUGACACCAGAGCGAGGAGGCGCCCCAAAAGGAAGUACCUGGAAAUGCUUCAAGAGGUUGCAGACCGAGAGCGACAAAACAUACUGGUAGAGCUGGACGAUCUGAAAGAGUUCGAAGAUUCGUUAGGAGACGAGACGAAUUUGAGGCUUGUUGAAUCAAUCACAAACAACACCAAGCACUACGUCGACCUGUUUUCGGAUGCGGUGGACAAGAUAAUGCCAAAACCAAGCAAGGAGAUAUCGUUUAAGGACGACGUCCUCGACAUUAUCAUGGCACAGCGAGCGAAACGAAACGAAACCGUGGCGUCUUUCGCCGAAGCAGACGCCGAAGCUGCCAUCCCUGUGUCCACCUUUCCGCCAGAACUGACCAGAAGAUACACGCUCAAUUUCAAGCCUUUAACGCCCACAGGUGCGGAUGUCGGUAAGAAGACACUUGCAGUGCGACAAGUACGAGGAGAACAUCUAGGCCACUUGAUUACUGUGCGUGGCAUCACCACAAGAGUCUCGGACGUCAAGCCCAGCAUACGAAUUCAAGCUUACACCUGUGAUCGCUGCGGCUCGGAAAUCUUUCAGCCAGUGUCUGCCAAACAAUUCACACCAUUGCAAAUGUGCCCGUCAGAAGAAUGCAAGCAGAACGACUCCAAGGGUCAACUGUUUCCGUCGACACGCGCCUCCAAGUUCUUACCAUUUCAGGAAGUCAAAAUCCAGGAGAUGGCAGACCAAGUUCCUGUUGGUCACAUUCCAAGAACGCUAACGAUCCACUGUAAUGGCAGCCUGGCGCGACAGCUGAAUCCUGGAGACGUUGUGGACGUCGAUGGCAUUUUUCUUCCUACCCCGUACACCGGAUUCCGAGCUAUUCGGGCUGGUUUAUUGACGGAUACCUACCUCGAAGCACAACACAUCACACAACACAAAAAGGCUUACCAGGAUCUGAAAACGGAUCCGCGUAUCAUCCGCAAGAUUGAAUCCUACAAGGCAUCUGGUCAUAUGUACGAAUACCUUGCUCGCUCCAUUGCACCAGAAAUCUACGGUCAUCUUGAUGUCAAGAAGGCCCUCCUUCUUCUGCUCAUUGGCGGUGUGACCAAGGAGAUGGGUGAUGGAAUGCGCAUUCGUGGAGAUAUCAAUGUCUGCUUGAUGGGUGACCCCGGUGUGGCCAAGUCGCAAUUACUGAAAUACAUCACCAAAGUGGCACCUCGAGGUGUCUACACGACUGGCCGUGGAUCCAGUGGUGUCGGUUUAACGGCCGCAGUAAUGCGCGAUCCUGUCACCGACGAGAUGGUUCUUGAGGGCGGUGCACUCGUCCUCGCGGACAACGGUAUCUGCUGUAUCGAUGAAUUCGACAAGAUGGACGACGGAGACCGGACCGCUAUUCACGAGGUCAUGGAACAGCAAACCAUCUCAAUCAGCAAAGCCGGCAUUACUACUACGUUGAACGCCCGAACUUCGAUCCUUGCAGCAGCCAAUCCCCUCUAUGGCCGAUACAAUCCUCGGAUCUCCCCUGUGGACAACAUCAACCUCCCCGCCGCACUCCUUUCUCGAUUUGACAUUCUUUUCCUGAUUUUGGACACGCCCUCCCGAGAAGCAGACGAAGAACUGGCCCAGCAUGUCUGCCACGUGCAUAUGCACAAUCGACAUCCGGAACGCGAAGGAGAAGGCGUGGUGUUCUCGCCUCACGAAGUUAGACAGUAUAUUGCUCAGGCGCGCACAUUCAGGCCCAAUGUGCCGAAGUCUGUGAGUGAUUAUAUGGUGGGUGCGUAUGUUCGGAUGCGCCAACAACAGAAACGGGAUGAGGGCUCGAAGAAGCACUUCACCCACACGUCGCCGCGUACUUUGCUCGGCGUCUUGCGCUUGUCGCAGGCGUUGGCGCGACUGCGGUUCAGCAGUGAAGUGGUGAAUGAAGACGUCGACGAAGCACUCCGCUUGAUCGAAGUGUCCAAGGCCAGCUUGCACCACGAUCAGCGCUCACACGGCGAUCAGACCGUGAGCUCGAAGAUCUACGACCUGAUUCGCGGCAUCAGAGAAUCGGGAGCCGCGAGUGUUGGUCGCGGAGCCAGGGGAGAACUCAAUCUCGGGAGAGUCAGGGAGCUGGUUACAGCGAAAGGAUUUACGAGUGACCAAUUCGUCCGGACGCUUGAGGAGUACGAACUGUUAGACGUCUGGCAAAUUGCUAAUAACGGAACCCGGCUUGUUUGGAUCGAAGCUGGGGACAGUGACGAAGACAACGAUGAGGAUAUGGGUGAUCUUGACAACGACGAGUGA